UCAGUGGCGCCAUUGUGUCAGUAAUCAUACCGCCAAGUGUCGCAACUUUCAACCAACCAAAAUCGCAAAUCAUCCGCUACAGUUACUGGCCGUUCGCUCGCCUCUCUCGAGUGCCUUCUCACCAUUCCUCGAGUUUCGUUUCGUUUUGAAAUGGCGAAAGUGCAGCUAACGAACGUGACCGUGUUGGACAAUCCGUCGCCGUUCAUGAAUCCGUUUCAGUUCGAGAUAACGUUUGAUUGUAUCGAGGACUUGAGGAAUGACCUUGAGUUCAAGAUCAUCUAUGUCGGGUCAGCAUCAAGUAAAGAUCAUGACCAAGUGCUAGACUCAGUCCUUGUAGGUCCAGUGCCAGGAGGCAGGCACAUGUUUGUCUUUCAGGCUGAUGGUCCGAAAACUCAGCUAAUCCCUUUACAAGAUGCUGUGGGUGUGACGGUCGUGUUAUUGACGGCAUCAUAUAUGAAUCAAGAGUUCACCCGUGUUGGUUAUUAUGUCAACAAUGAGUACAUAAAUCCUGAAAUGAAGGAGAACCCUCCAUCUCAAAUCCAGUUCGACCAGCUUCAACGCAACAUCCUCGCGAGCAGUCCACGCGUGACUCGCUUCAAGAUCGACUGGGAAGGUGGCGGCGACGGAUGCACAGAUGGAGAGCGAGAGUCCAUACAAACUGUAGGGUUUAACGGACCGACGUUCGAGCAAGGCAUACCGGCUGCGCUCGCCGAAAGCGAACAGCAGCCGGUCGAGAUGCAAAUGUCGUGAAGUGACCGUAAAUAUGUGGGCAGUCGUUGAAUAUAGGGAGAGGGUAAUGAUACUGUAGAAUUGAUAUUAAUAGAGAAUAGACCGUGCGGAUUGAUUGCAUGCUAAUCGGCAG